CAUUUGCAGCAGAAAUCGUACCGAAUCGUGUGCAAAAGGAGCCAAUGACGUCAUACACACUAAGGUCUUGUGAAAACCGUCCAGUAGCAUUUCGCAUGACCUUGAUUUCCAUAGUGCCCGAGACCUUAAUUCUUAUUCUUUCUACCUCAAUUAGUAGUAACCCCAUCGAAGGUUUUUCUCACGAGUAUCAUUCCAACAAUAGCACCACUUCGUAUAAACCCUGAGCUGGGAAAACUUACUCCUUGUUUGGUACGUUAGGUUUUCGCAAGUGGUUUUGACAACGUUCAAAGGGAGCAUAAAGUCUAUUCAGACUGCACCACCAGUA